UUGUGUUCCCUAUUCUCGUCAAAAGUCGGCUGUUGUUGCUCUGAGUACAACCAAGGCGAACGUAGUAGCUGUGUUUAGUCAGAGCAAUGCGCUCCGCGGUGACAGAUGAACGGAUCCUUUUUACUUGACGCAAACAGCAGCUCUUUUCUGCACUUUGACAUCGGUGUGUGUUGGGGAGAGGAGUAGCCUUGGGUUUCGGGUCGGAUUGUUUUCAAACAUUUUUCUUCCUCCAACACCACCUCGCUUUCAUCGUUUCUCGUCACGCACGGAGGCUUUUUUGGUGCGCAUACUGAACCUACACCACCUCGAGGACAAGCAAGACUGGGCACGUUGAAGACUUGUUGCGUGCAUCCGGGGAGCGCACCAGUCCAGUUUUCAUCCAAGUCGAUAUACUGUACCUGCGUGUGAUGCUCUGAUUCCAACAGUGAGUCAUUUAGCGGAGCGGGGAUGGACUGUGGAGAGCAGCUCAGACUAAAAGCCUGAAGUCAGCAGGGCUUGGUGCUCAGUGACUAUGAGAAUCUGUUCAUAAUUAACGGAAUUGGGGUGAUAAGUUUCCUCUGGUGUGUUCCAGCUGCUGGUGAACUGGUGAACUGCUGAGCGGCUGAGGCUUUAGGAAAACAAGAGCCCAUUUCUCCUUUAAAUGGCAUCAGCGCGCCGCCAAGUCAAACCUUAUUCGGGUCAGAUCCGACGACUUAAUUAAUUUCCCUUCUCCACGGCGUUUCAAAUCGAGCCCUCCUUCUCAACGACAUGUCUGAGCGUGAUGGAUAUGGAGACGGGCUGUGCAGCGACGGCGCGCCGGAGUGCGUCCCGCCGAGAGCGUCCCGUGGCCGGCGGAGCGGUGUCAUCCUCCCUGGUGGCGGCCAAGACACCGAGACCAUCCUCCUGGAUUCGGUGAAGGCAGCACCUCGCCGGAGCAGUAUCAUUAAGGAUCCUUCAGCGCAGAAGGUGGGCGGAGGCAGGAAGAAGACUGUGUCCUUCAGUAGCAUGCCCUCUGAGAAGAAGGUGAGCAGUGCAGCAGACUGCUUGGCGUUCAUGCAGGGUGGGUGUGAACUGAAGAAGAUCCGGCCCAAUUCCAGGGUUUACUGUCGUUUCUACACCCUGGACGCAGACCUAAGCUGCUUACGCUGGGAACCGUCUAAGAAGGAUGGGGACCGGGCUCGGCUGGACGUCUCCAGCAUGCGAGAGGUUCGCAUUGGGAAGAGCACCGAGACAUUCCUCCAUAACGGCCCUCUCUUUGAACAGCUGGCAGAGGAGGCAGCCUUCUCUAUCAUACAUGGGGAUGACUACCAGUCCCUGGACUUGGUUGCAUUGUCGGCAGAUGUGGCCAACAUAUGGGUGACGGGCCUUCGCUAUUUGUUGGCCCACCCCUCAAUCAUCGGGGGAGCUGGGGGAGGUGGAGGAGGAGGGCUGGGUGAAGGAGGGGGGCUGGCGGUAGAGGGCAGCCUGGGAGGCAAGAUUAGGAGUGAGUGGCUGGCGGCGGAGUUUGCCCAGGUGGAUGAAGAUGGCUACGGCAUCGUGUCAGAGGACGUGGCAGUCGCCACCAUCUGUAAACUCUGCCCCGGUAUCAAGGAAGCCAAGGUACGUCUGCGUUUUAAGGAGAUCCAGCGCAGCAAGGAGAAGCUGACCUCCCACGUGACACUUGAUGAGUUCCAGGAGGCAUUCUGUGAGCUUUGCACCCGGCCCGACGUCUACUUCUUAUUGGUGCAACUGUCGAAGGACCGCGAGUGUCUGGACCCUCAGGACCUCCGUCUCUUCUUGGAGACUGAGCAGGGUUUGUCUCUGGCGACAACCGAGGGCUGCUGGGAGCUCCUGAGGCGCUUUGAGCCCUCGGCCCAGGGCAGGGAGCGGGGGCUUCUGGGUCUGGAUGGAUUCGCUCGUUACCUGCAGUCUCCGGAGUGCCAGGUGCUCGACCCCGAACACCUGGGAGUUUGUCAGGACAUGAACAUGCCUCUGUCCCACUACUACAUCAGCACCUCGUACCGCUCCUACCUACUGGAUGACCAAGUCCAUGGCAGAGCAGACCUAGGAGGUCUGAUCAAGGCCCUGCAGUCUGGCUGUCGAUGCGUGGAGCUGGGAGUGACUGAUGGUCCAGAGGGGGAGCCUCUCCUUGGGGUGGACUAUGGGCCAGAUAUCCCUCGUCACCAUCACCACCACCAUCACCACCACCAUGCGCUUGUCACUAUCCGCUCUGCUCUGGAGGUGGUCAAUAAGUAUGCCUUCCUGACUUCUCAGUACCCACUCCUGUUGUACUUGUGCCAGCGCUGCUCUCCUGCCCAGCAGCGUACCAUGGCUCAGCACAUGAAGAAAGUGUUUGGCUCCCGUCUUUACACUCCAGAGGCCCUCCCUGUCAGCUUGGGAGGGCGAGCCACAACCUUACCCUCCCCUGAGCAGCUGAAGGGACGCAUCCUGAUAGUGGGGAAGAAGCUCCCUCAAGAGCAGCCGGGCUCUGAUGGGGAGAUAUCUGAGGAGGAUGAGGAGAUAGGAGGAGGGGGGCCUCUGGCAGGACGGCGAAUGACCAUCCCUGGUGAGGAAGAACUGGGUGUGGUCUUGGUAGUGCCUCCGCCCUCUCAACCCAGGAAGCUGCGGCUCCACAAAGAGCUGUCAGACCUGGUGGCUAUCGGUCGGACGGGCAGCCGCAGCUUCUACGCCCAGAGAGCCAGUCACAAACAGCAGCAGUCACCACCCAGCAGUCCCUCCUCUCCCAGCACGCCAAUGCUUCCUGAGCCGCCUUAUUGGACAUUGUGCUCCCUGGGUGAGGGAGAGGCCGGGCGGCUGUCCACUGAGAGUCCAGAGGACCUUGUAGUGUUCACCAAGCGCACCCUAACCCGGGUACGACCCAGUUCAGUGCGUCUGGACUCCAGUAACCCCAACCCUCAAGGAUACUGGAAAGGAGGGGUCCAGCUUGUGGCCUUGAACCAGCAGACUCCCGGCGCCAUGCUGGACCUUCACAGAGGUCGCUUCUCACAGAACGGAGGGUGUGGUUAUGUUCUCCGACCCGCUGUAAUGAGGGAUGAGGUGUCGUAUUUCAGUGCCCACACGCAGGGCUGUGUGCCAGGAGUGCCGGCUCAAACUCUACGGAUUAAGGUUAUCAGUGCCCAUAACCUGCCCAAGCCUCAGGGAUCAGGGGCUAAAGGUGAGGUCAUUGACCCGUACGUGGUUCUGGAGCUGCAUGGCGUACCGGCUGACUGUGCUGAACAGCGGACACGCACCGCUGCUCAGAACCAGGACGACCCGCUGUUUGAUGAGACCUUUGAGUUUCAAGUAAACAUGCCGGAGCUGGCCUUGCUGCGUUUCGUGGUAUUAGAUGACGACUACAUCGGGGACGAUUUCAUUGGCCAGUACAGUGUGGCCUUUGAGUGCCUUCAGCCUGGUUAUCGCAAUGUGCCCCUGCUGGGCAUGGCGGGGGACCCCUUACCCCACACCAGCCUGUUUGUCCAUGUGGCGAUCACCAACCGGCGAGGAGGCGGGAAGGCCCAGCGACGAGGUCUGUCAGUGAGGAGGGUAGGGAGGCGUGGGCGGGAGUACGUCACACUAAGGCACACUGGCAUCAAGGUGGUGGACGAGACUUUCAAGCCGGCUAGUGCACCCCUCAAAGAGGCAACGGACCUGCGGGAGGAUGCUCAGAGCACCACCUCCAGUUUCAAAGAGCAGUGUGGGCUCCCCACGGUGGCCAAACUGAAGCAGUGCAUCCAGAGCCUGGCCACGAGGCUGCAGAGCCCCGAGGGCAUUAUGGGGGCCACCAUGGUGCUGAAGGAGGGUUACCCGUGUCUGGAGCCUCUGGUCAGCCUCUCAGAGCCGACACGCAAACUGCUUGCUGCCUACGACACGAUGAUUGCCGCCCAGAAACAGCUGAUUGAGAACGCAGAUGCUGUUCAGGAGAGGAUCGCCCAGGUGCAGAGAGAAGGCAUGGACUUCCAUGAGGAUCUUUCUCGGCUUGGGGAAAAGGAGGGACUGAAGGGACGCAAGCUAAGCAAAGCUGUGGAGAGUUUCACCUGGAACAUCACUGUGCUCAAGGGUCAGAGUGAUCUGUUACGGGGAGCUAAGAUGGAUUCCCUGGAUGCCCUGAGGCAGCUGGCCUUGGCAUGUGAAGCCUGUGGACUCACCUCCUCGUCCUCUUCCUCCAACUCCUCGUCCUCCACCUUCUCCACUGCCGAGCUGCACUACUCCUCCCACCCCCUGUCAGGCCGUCGAAGCAGCACACACGGCAACGGACGCAUCUGAUACCCCUCCCCCGUCCAAAGAUGAAAAGGGAGUGGACAGAAUAAUUACAGAGGAUAAGAGAGAAAAGGAGGCAGGAGAGCGAGAAAGACUGGUGUAAAAAGCACCACAGGAGACAUGAUUUUCUUUCUGACAGAGUGUAUCCCUUUAUCCAGUGCAGCUUCAGGUGGGGAGUAACAGAGCUGAUGUACUGAGUCAUAGCCACAGGAGGAGGUUGACCUACUAACAUUUGCGUACAGCAUCUUCAGGAGGAUCUUCACUUACUCUGAGAGGUGUGCACAAAUAUAUGAAAACUACAGUUUUCAUUGUCAUCUCUCAGAGAUCUGCUUGGAGGGAGGAUCUCUUUGCAUUAUUGAUGCAUCAGCUCAAGUAAAACAAAACACGGUGUUGGCUUUCUGUGUUCCGGUUUACAUACCUCCUGACACAGGUAAUACAACUAGGUUAAAGAGUGAGCAUGUGAUGGGGCCUACUGUACCUGAGGAGACGCAGUGAAGUAGAAGGUCACAGGGUUCACCUUUUUGUAGGUGUCAGUUCUUCAUUUUCAGAAUAAUUCAUUAGGUACACACUGUAUUUACAAAGAAGAUCUAUGGUGGAUAGUGACAACUGUGCUGCAGCAUAAAAGGAAAGCAACAUGAACAAGAAAAAACUUGCAGCUUGCUUUUUGAGUGGAGACCGACCUUUGCAGUGCGUCAGGAAGAUACGUCUGAGCCACUGAUUUGUAGCCUGAUGAUCCAAAAGGACCAUACCUGUGUAUGGCAUGGUUUAACCUACUUACUUCAAAUCAUUUACUGUAUACUUGCAGUAGCAAAACAUACCAUUGUAGAUGCAUAGAUGUGCUUGUAUACCUUCCAGGCCGCUAUUGGUUUCAGUUAAUGUCAGUAAAAGUCAGCUUGCAGACUUGCUUCAAGUAAUUCCAUUUCAGUGAACAUCAUCCUCUGGUUUAUGUUAUCACAUCGUGAUGAUGCAAAUAAAAGCAACUGAAUUUCUGUGAUAUGCAUUAAAAAAGAGUCCCCAUUUUUAAGCCAUUUAUAUGCAAAAAGCCUGACUGACACAACCUUUCUCACAAUGUACAUCAUUUGGUGUCUGGAUCUGAAUUUGUAACGAUAGAGUUCAUCAAUGCAACAGUAACCAACUCUGAGGUUCUCUGCAACUUGUGAUUUCCCCAACAGCAGCAUGCCACUUUCAUAACAAUAUAACUGAGCAUGAUGUUCACUGUGAUGGAUCGCCUCUCUCAAGCAUGUUACAGUUCCCCAGAGGCUGCAAAAGUUUGGGAAAACAGUCGGCAGUCAGGCAAAGUACAUGAUUUGUAGUAAAUUAACUGAACUUGCAGAAACACCAGUGUGAUCCUUCAAACAUUCAAAAAUAGGGUUUUAGGUAUGAAGCAUUUUCCUGCCCUCAUCAUGCCUCUCACACACUCUGCUUCAUAUGUCACUGCAUUUACCUUACCUGAUGAUAUGUUUACCGCUGCAAAAGGGCACUGGGGUCUGCCACUCACUACAGUGCUUUACUAUGAUGUUCAUUAUACUGCAUCUAAUUUCUAACCAAAUGCUGCACCCUGAUCCCUGAAGUGUGGACUUCUCGACUUCCCUUUAUACCCUUAAAAAGUGGAACAGAUCUCUGUAAAGAUCUGUCUUUCACUGUGAUACAAUUUAAAAUUUUGAGUUUGAAGGAUGGGAGUGGUAGACAGAUCUGUGCUAAAGAGCAGGGUGUUGCAUUGGGCUGCGUUGUUUCUCUGUUACCCACGUGUCUUAACCUAGAGCUAGCUCUCUCUCUGCUCUUCCGUGUGUGAUGCUUCCUAGCUUUGCAGACCAGUGGUCAAAUAGCGCUCAACAUUAAUUUGAAUUGGAGAGUCGUUUAUACCUGUCAUAGUGAUGUGGACAAAGUUGUGUAACACUUGGAAAUGUGUAAAGGUAUUUUAGGUUCUAUAUUACCCGUGGCAACUGCAGUGUCUGUGUUGGCCUGUGUCUACGCCGCCGACCUUUUAAUCCAGUGUUGCUCUCUGUUCUUACAGUCACUGUAUGUUUUUGUAAAAUAGAAAAAAAAAAGACCAAAACAAGAGAACUAUUUAUUGAAGUGUGUUUUAAAAACCAUAAAUAAAUCUAAUUAAUUAAAUGGACCUUGCUUUUAUUUUGAAAAGCUACUGUGUUUUCUAUCUGACAAGUAAUUAUAUAUAACAAGAGUAUGUAUGCCAGACUAAAUAAAGUUAUCUUUUCCUGACCAAA